AUGGUACCUUUUCAAGCACAAAAUCAAAACGAAGUUAUGAUGUUUUUUGCACAUGUAUCACAUGAAACAGAUGGCUUGAAAACGUAUGAGGAAUAUUGUGGACAAUCAGGCGCAUGCGCUAAUAAUUAUCAAGAUUCAUGGUGUCCUCCAAUUCAGGCAGAAUCUGAUAAACAGUACUAUGGUCGUGGUUGGUUUCAGUUAUCAUGGCCAUGUAAUUAUAAGGGAGCUGGUGAUGCACUUGGUGUUGAUUUAUUGAAAAAUCCGGAACAAGUUGCUGAGUCCGAUACGUUGGCUGCAGCGACUGCACUUUGGUUUUGGAAUGCUAAUAAUAUGGGCCAACCAGCACGAGAAGGCAAUUUUGGAGCAACAACACAAAUAAUUAAUAGCAUUGAAUGUGGGCCAACAGCUCAACAGGAUAACAGGGUUAGACAUUAUCAAAAAGUUCGACAAUGUUUUGGUCUUCCUCCGGCAACUGAUAAGUUAAAGUGUUAA